CUUGAAUAUCGGAAUGGAUUCGAGUAUUCCAAGGGACACAUCUUUCACUAAUCUUUUAGAAGAUAGUUAUGAUGAAUAUAUGUCAGGAUCUUCACGUAUAAGUGAAGAUAGUGUUCCACAAGCUCAAGCGUUUAGCCAAAUGUCUCCACCCCAAGUUGAAUCCACGGCUAAGAAACUACAACGUGGCAGCAACUUCACCAUACAAGAAGACGUGCUUCUUGUGUCCGCAUUUCUCAAUGUCAACCAAGAUGCAGUGCAAAGCACUAAACAAAAACGCACAACAUAUUGGUCAAGAAUUUGGGAGUAUUACCACCAAUGGAAAACCUUCACUUCUGAGUAUACGGUGAGUUCUCUAACGAACCGAUGGUCAACGACUCAACUUUGCACCAAUAAGUUUUGUGGGUGUUUGGCACAAAUUGAAUCAAAGAAUGAAAGUGGUAAGACUAAUGAAGACAAGCUUAAUGCAGCAAAAGAGCUCUAUCAAGUAUUGUAGCAUACCAAAUUUCAAUAUGAACAUUGUUGGAAUUUAUUAAAGCACUCACCAAAAUGGUUGGCUAUUGGUAACAGUCAGCAACCAAAAAAAAGAGGGAGAUCUGAGCCAUCUUCACGUUCUAAUCUAGAGUCAAUAAGUUUAGAGGAUGAUGAUAUUCCACAAGUUCUAAUUGUAAGCUUGGAGAGACCACUAGGGGUGAAGGCCCAUAAAGAAAGAUUGAAGAAACAAAAGUCCAGAGAAGGCACGACUUCACAUAUAGAAGACAUAUUGAAUGUCAUGAUGGAAGAAAGAAGAAAAAUGAGUGAGAUGAAAAUGGCAUGUAUUGAGAAAGGACGUCUUGUAGACCAGGAGCAUGAUAUGGCACGAAUUCAACUUAAGGAUAAAAAACUUGAAAUAGCAAGAAUGAAGGAGGAAAAUGAAAUGGAGAAAUUGAGAAUGGAAAAGCUGAAGGAAGAAAAAGAGCUUAUGAUGAUGGAUGUAAGUAUUUUGUCUCCACUGCAGCAAGAAUAUAUUCGUCAAUGCCAAAUGGAAAUCCUUGAAAAACGAAGGUCUUGUUCUUAGACUAUUAUCAUUAUCAAUGCUCUUAUUUUGUAUAUGAUUAAAAGAGCUCUUUAAACUUGUUUUGUAUAUUGGGUCACUCAUUUUUGUUUUGCUACAAUAUGAUAUUGUUGCACUAUUCAUUUUGUUUUGCUACAAUGUGAUCCUAUUGCACUAUAUACAAUGUGAUCUUGUUGCAUUAUAUAUGUAUAUCUGUUUUCCCCUCUGUUUUUCUGAUGGUAAUCUCCCCCCCUCGCUUGAGGCAAUUUGUAAGGGAGAUGCCUUUGCUUGUAAUCCUUCUUAGUCUUUUAAUGAAAUUGCAGUUUAUCAA